CUGAGAGAAAUGCAGGACCUACGGUGUCGAAACCAGGCAGCAGGUCGUUCAGAAAGAGCCAAGGCAGAUCACUUACUUUCCAGCCAGGGACCUCUGUCUUCUAUACGAGCUGUCAUCAAACGAACCAGAACAAACUCUCAAAGUGAUCAUAAUACAGAGCGAAGACGACCGGAGAUCACCAUCCUCUCUGCAGAGCCUCUGGCUGGUAACACUUGGUUUCCGGGAAGUUCCGGGGUUUUCCCUCCUCCUCAUCCACCGUCACAGCCGAGCUGGUCUGGCACAAACCCGCCUGCUUCCCAGCCCCCGCCGUCCUAUGACCAGGUGAUCAAAGAGAAGACCCAGGAAGAACAUAUAUCCAAGCCAACUGCGGCCCCCCGCCGGUCUGCUUGCACCACUACAAGUGCAACCCAGACAGACCCCGUGAGGGAAGAUGCCACUGCCGCCACCACCGGCCAGCAAUGCAGUGCAAGUCCAGAUUUAACACAGACGAGAGUUCUCAGUAAAAAGCCAAAAAAACCACCGAGACCAUUGCUGCCAAAACGUUCGGAGAGCGAUUCUACCACUGGAGCAUCUGCACCCACAGACGGGCAGGUUGCCACAAGUUCUCCAGCGGCCUCUAAUCCUGCAAACCAAAGUGACUCCAAGGCAAAUGUAGAACAACCCAUUCCACCAAAUUCCCCCCAAACAUGGACCAGAUCUGUCACCGUGCACUGGGACUUUCCAACAGAGUGUCUUGCUAAGCCUUGUUCUGCUCCUGUAGACCCUCUUCAUACUCCUGCUGAAAUCCCUCCCCUCUCCUCAGACUCUGCACCCACAGAGCGACCAACUCCGCUCCCUCGAUCCAAAACCCGGAAGCAGCCAACCGCAGAGGAGGUCGGGGUUCAGAUUCUGGUCGGGCUCGGUGAAAAUGGGGACUGUAUUCAAGGGACCUCUUGUACUGAUCAUGAGGAGGUGUUUUCAAAUCAGUAUUUAAGGGAUCUGUUGGAGGUCUUUGGCGCAGACAACCAUUGUAAACAGAGCUGUAACUCUGCCGACCAGUCAGAUAGCGGAGAAGAGCAAAGUGAAGAUGCUGGGGGCGAGAUGAGCACUAGCCACAGUCAGUGUAAUAUCCAGGCCCGGAUCCAGGCCUUUGAGAGCCAGGCCAGCACUAAUGAGGGAACUUCGGUAGAACCGACUAAAAGACCAGAGCCUCGUCCCAGGAACGCACAGAACAAACCUCCAACCGCCACAAAACCUUCCCUUGCUCCUAAACCUUCAUUUAAUCGCAGCUUAGAAAAUGACAAUUCAGAUGUGUCAUCCUCCAACGUCCCCCCGAACCCUGCCCCUAGACCUCAGCCUCCCAAGAAACCUGUAGACCUCCCUGGUAAAGAACCGGAUAGUCUCCCCACCGAGGUGGCUGUUUUGCCACCAUCAUGGCCUUCUAUAUUGGCCAGAACCAAGACAUUUGAACCUCAAGGGGAGGACACUUCAGUAGGUCCCCCUACAUCCCCAGUGAAGCCUUCGAAGGAGCUCUUCAAACCCAGCCUCAAUCACAACAACCAUAACUCAACCUCCAUGGUCAAAGAGAAUGUGUACGUGCCCAGUCCAACACAUCAUACUCCAUUCAAGCCGCAGUGUGGCGAGGAUAGCGGUCGUGGCUCCUUCAAACAAAGUGUUACACGGAGACCCACGACCAUCAGAGUGCCCUGCAAGCCUGGUAUACUGUCGGAUAACUCUCUGGAUGGCCCCCCUCCUCUGCCUACUCAGAAACCUGUGGGUUCCUUCACACCCACGGUGAGCAACAGACAAAUCCUCACACCUGUCCUCCCUCCCCAGGAGUCUGUCAACAUAAGGCCAGAAAUGUCUCUACCUCCUCGGCCCAGUGGGGGUAAGGUUCUCCCUCCUCGCCCACCUCCAGCCAAAACGGGCCCAGGGAGACCACCUCCACCUCGCCUCGAUGCUGCAGGUCGAUCCCCUUCCACCCAAGCGUCUUCGUGUGGGGCUUCACCUAAACUUCAGACACAUUCCAAGUCCCAGAUGCCCCAAAGAAAAGGACCGGUUUUACCCCCAAGGCCUAAUCCUGGCCACCGUCUUUACAACAAGUACACGUUUGAACUUCCUCAUGGGAUUGCAGCCUUAGACUAUAAUGGGAGCAAUAUAGGAGAGCUUUCCUUUCAGAAAAAUGAGGUACUUUUGCUGCUGGGGGAGAUUGACAACAAGACAUUUGAGUGCCAAGUAGGAGAUAGCAGAGGCAGAGUACAGAAGUCUAACAUGAAGGUCAUCACUCCUCUCUCUGCGUCGGCCACAUCCUCACCAUGUGUAUCCUGUCCACCAACUGCAAGUCCAGCUGGCUCUGGCAGACACAAGCGUGGUCUAAAGGUGCAAGCCUUGCAUGACUUCACUCCAGAGGGUCCAGGAGAGCUGGGUCUGAAGGCAGGGGAUGUGGUAAACAUGGUGGAGCAGGUAGACAGUGAUUGGUACAAGGGCACAUGUAGAGGAUCUUCAGGCUUCUUCCCAACUAACUACGUCAAAGUCCUGUCCAAAUCACCAAUGCCCACAAACGAGAGGAAAACAAAGCCGGCACCUACAAUAGUCAGUGGGCCGAGGUGUGUGGCACGGUUCGACUAUGAGGGGGAGCUCAGCGACGAGCUGUCAUUCUCUGAAGGGGACGUCAUCGUGCUGAGAGAGUACAUCGGCCAGGAGUGGGCGAGGGGAACGGUCGGUGUCUCCACGGGAAUAUUUCCUCUCAACUUUGUAGAGGUUAUUGAAGAUCUGCCUCCACCGCCGACCCAGCAGCAGACACAGUGCUUCAAAAUAGCGCUGCCUGGAAUGGUUGGUUCACCCGGUACUCCCCCCGAGGCUACCAAACAUGCUCAGGCCCCACAGUCCGGUGUGCAGUGGUUAGUGGCUCUUUAUGACUUCAAUGGGCAGACAAAGAGCGACCUGUCCUUUAAGCAGGGGGACCAUAUCAUGGUUACCCAACACAUUGAUGCAGAGUGGUGCUCUGGCAGGCUCAACAACAGGACGGGCAUCUUCCCCAAGAGCUUUGUUGAGUCCUACACAGGUCAUUCGUCAACAGUGGACAGUCAGCUAAAUGGAGCUCCAGGUGCAGGGAGAGCCAAGGCUCUGUUUGAUUUCACAUCUGAUUGUGAAGAGGAGCUUUCUCUGCAGGUGGGAGACAUAAUAACCAACUUGGAGUCCAUUGAUGAAGAAUGGUUCUUGGGUGACCUGAGGGGGAAACGGGCCUUGGUACCUAAAAACUAUGUACAAGUAUUGGGAUUGUACUAGGUGGUGUUUUGUUUCCAACUAGAGGAGCACAGAGACACUGUUAUAGUGGGGCCCAUUAUGUGCUUGUAAUGUGUACCGACCAACGGAAACAUGAAACCCUUGAAGAUAAAGAGAGUAGUCUCCCUGUGGAAAUCGAAGUGCCUUCUUUACUCGAGUGUUUUACAAUUUAAUUGCUGUGACUUUUUUUUCUUUUCAAAUGCAUGAAGUUGUCACACUGAAAUCAGAUGUUACCGUUAGUUAUUUAUCAUUAAAGUCUUGAUUC